GCAGGCGCACUGCGGCCGGUUGCGACAGAGGAGCCGCUUGAAGGUCUUGCUUGCCUGGCUGCUGCUUCCUCCGCCGCAGCCGCCGAGCUGGAGCGCAGCCGCUGGAGCAGAGUUUUCCGAGUGGCGAAAUAUAUUUGUUAACCCUGGCGUUUACAGAAAAAGAUGAAAGAUAUCGAUCUAGGGAAAGAGUAUGUGAUACCCAGCCCCGGGUAUAGAAAUAUCAGGGAGAGAAAUAGCCUGAAUCAACGUGCAGGACAAGAUGGGAUGAAGUUCCGGCAAGAAAAAUACAAGCAGGUGGAUUGCCAAGAUGCCUUGGAAACCGCCGCCCGGGCAGAAGGUCUUCCUUUGGAGAGCUCCGCAGAUUCUCACCUACGAGUGCUGGAUGAAGAGCACCCCAAAGGGAAAUAUCACUAUGGCCUCAAUCUGAUGAAACCCAUCCGGACUACUUCCAAGCACCGGCACCCAAUUGACAAUGCUGGUUUGUUUUCCUACAUGACGUUUUCUUGGCUUUCUCCUUUGGCAAGAUUAGCCUACAAAAAAGGAGAACUGCUGAUUCAAGAUGUGUGGCCUUUGUCGACUCAAGAUUCUUCCGAGGUUAACUGCAGAAGAUUGGAAAGACUUUGGCACCAAGAGGUACAUGACUGUGGGCCAGACGAUGCCUCCCUUUGUAGAGUCGUGUGGAACUUCUGUCGCACUAGGCUCAUCAUUUCCAUUGCGUGUUUAAUGGUCACACAACUUGCUGGCUUCAGUGGACCAGCGUUUAUGGUGAAACAUCUUCUCGAAUACACUCAGAAAAUGGAACCCAACCUACGAUACAGCCUGUUGUUAGUUUUGGGCCUCUUAAUAACCGAAGUAGUGCGUUCCUGGUCUUUGGCAUUAACGUGGGCUUUAAACUAUCGCACUGGGGUCAGACUGCGUGGAGCUAUCCUUACAAUGGUUUUCAAGAAAAUACUCAGACUGAAAAAUAUCAAGGAGAAAUCUUUGGGUGAGCUCAUAAAUAUGUGCUCCAAUGACGGCCAGAGAAUGUUCGAAGCUGCAGCUGUGGGUAGCUUGUUGGCUGGAGGCCCUAUCAUUGCCAUUCUUGGCAUGGUUUACAUCGUUGUCAUUCUUGGGCCAACAGGCUUCCUAGGUUCAGCUGUUUUCAUCCUCUUCUAUCCUGCAAUGAUGUUUGCAUCCCGGUUUACAGCUUAUUUCAGAAGAAAAUGUGUGGCUAUAACUGAUGAACGGGUCCAGAAAAUGAAUGAAGUGCUUAACUAUAUUAAAUUCAUCAAAAUGUAUGCUUGGGUGAAAGCCUUCUCGCAGACUGUUCAAAAAAUCAGAGAGGAAGAACGCAAAAUUCUGGAGCGUGCAGGAUACUUCCAGAGCAUCACUGUGGGAGUGGCACCCAUUGUUGUAGUAAUAGCUAGUGUGCUAACUUUCUCUGUUCAUAUGAUCCUCGGCUAUGAUCUCACAGCAGCCCAGGCUUUUACAGUGGUGACUGUAUUCAAUUCCAUGACUUUCGCUUUGAAAGUCACCCCGUUUUCUGUGAAGUCCUUGUCUGAAGCUUCUGUUGCGGCUGAUAGAUUUAAAAGUUUGUUUCUAAUGGAAGAGGUUCAUAUGGUAAAGAAAAAACCAGCCAGUCCUCACGCAGCCAUACAGAUGACAAAUGCCACCUUAGCCUGGGAAUCCUCCCAUGCUAGUGUCCAGAGCUCACCCAAGAUGACCCCUAAAAUGAAAAAAGGCAAGACGGCCACGGGCACGAAAGACAAGAGGAAGCUGCAGCAACACGAGGGAGGGCAGACCAUGUUCCCUGAGCAGAAGGGCCAUCUUCUGGUGGACAGCGAUGACCCCCCGAGCCCCGAGGAGGAGAACCAGCGCGUCCAGCUUGCGAAUGUCCGGCUGCAGAAGGUCCUUUACAACAUUGACCUGGAAAUUGAGAAGGGGAAACUUGUUGGGAUAUGUGGCAGCGUGGGGAGUGGGAAAACCUCCCUCAUUUCAGCCAUUUUGGGACAGAUGACGUUAUUGGAAGGCAGCAUUGCUGUGGAUGGGAACUUUGCUUACGUGGCCCAGCAGGCCUGGAUUCUCAACGCCACGCUUAGAGACAACAUCCUUUUCGGGAAGGAGUUUGAAGAAGAAAGGUACAAUAUGGUGUUGAAUGAUUGCUGUCUCCGACCUGAUCUGGCUAUCCUGCCAAACGGGGAUCUGACCGAGAUUGGUGACCGGGGCGCAAACUUGAGUGGGGGGCAGCGCCAACGGAUCAGCAUUGCCCGCGCGCUGUACAGCGACAAAAGCAUCUUCAUCCUCGAUGACCCUUUGAGUGCCUUAGAUGCCCAUGUUGGAAACCACAUCUUUAACAGUGCCAUCCGAAAGCACCUGAAGUCCAAAACGGUUCUUUUCAUCACACAUCAGCUCCAGUAUCUUGUGGAUUGCGAUGAGAUGAUUUUCAUGAAGGAAGGUUGCAUCACUGAGAGGGGAAGCCAUGAAGACUUGAUGAAUCUGAAUGGUGACUAUGCAGCCAACUUCAAUAGCUUGCAGCUGGGAGAAACACCACACAUUGAGGUUAAUUUAAAGAAGACUGCAAACAGUUCAUUGAAAAGACUCCCAGAGAAAGGCACCAAAACGGGAUCUGUGAAGAAAGAGAAAGUGGUUAAGAAGGAAGAAGUUCAGCUGAUGCAGGUGGAAGAGAAAGGCAAAGGUUCUGUUCCCUGGUCGGUUUAUUGGGUCUACAUCCAAGCAGCUGGAGGCCCAGUCGCUUUCCUGACCAUCAUGACCCUCUUCAUAUUGAAUGUGGGCAGUAUGGCCUUCAGCAACUGGUGGCUGAGCUACUGGAUCAAAGAAGGCAGUGGGAACACUACUUUGACUCUGGGGAAUGAAACCGUGGUGAGCGACAGUAUGAAGGAUAACCCUCACAUGCGUUACUAUGCUGGCAUUUAUGCACUCUCCAUGGGAGUCAUGCUGAUUCUGAAGGCUGUCCGGGGCAUUGCCUUUGUCAAGGGGACGUUGCGGGCCUCAUCCAGGCUGCAUGAUGAACUCUUCCGACGGAUUCUUCGUAGUCCAAUGAAGUUUUUUGACACCACACCUACGGGGCGGAUUCUCAACAGGUUCUCCAAAGAUAUGGAUGAAGUGGAUGUCCGCCUGCCUUUUCAAGCUGAAAUGUUCAUACAGAAUGUCAUCCUGGUGUUCUUCUGCGUGGGAGUGAUCUCUGGUGUCUUCCCAUGGUUCCUAAUGGCAGUGGGGCCUCUCGUGGUUCUUUUCACCAUUCUGCAUGUUGUGUCUAGAGUCUUCAUUCGGGAAUUGAAACGACUGGACAACAUAACUCAGUCUCCAUUUCUUUCUCACAUCACUUCGAGCAUUCAAGGUCUCUCUACCAUCCAUGCCUACAAUAAAGGAGAAGAAUUCCUAUACAAAUACCAACAACUGCUGGAUGAUAACCAGGCUCCCAUCUACUUGUUCAGCUGUGCGAUGCGCUGGCUGGCUGUCAGGCUGGAUAUUGUCAGCAUUGCCCUCAUUACAAUCACUGGCUUAAUGAUCGUCUUAAUGCACGGCCAGAUCCCGCCCGCCUACGCUGGGCUCGCCAUCUCGUAUGCCGUUCAGUUAACAGGACUGUUCCAGUUUACCGUCAGGUUGGCUUCAGAGACGGAGGCCCGCUUUACAUCUGUGGAAAGAAUUGACCACUACAUCAAGACUCUCUCCCUGGAGGCCCCUGCUCGCAUCAAGAAUAAGGCUCCCCUUCCGGACUGGCCCCACGAAGGAGAAAUCCGCUUUGAAAAUGCAGAAAUGCGGUAUCGCGAGAACCUUCCGCUUGUGCUCAAAAAAGUAUGCUUCACCAUCAAACCCAAGGAGAAGAUUGGAAUUGUGGGGAGAACCGGCUCAGGAAAAUCCUCUUUAGGAAUGGCUCUUUUUCGCUUGGUGGAACUGUCAGGGGGCUGCAUUAAAAUCGAUGGGGUGAAAAUCAGUGACAUUGGCUUGGCAGAUCUUCGGAGCAAGCUUUCCAUAAUCCCCCAGGAGCCAGUCCUCUUCAGUGGCACUGUGAGAUCCAAUUUGGAUCCUUUCACACAGUACAGCGAAGAGCAAAUCUGGGAGGCUUUGGAAAGGACUCACAUGAAAGACUGUAUUUCUCAGCUGCCCAUGAAACUUGAAUCCGAAGUGAUGGAAAAUGGGGAAAAUUUCUCCGUCGGGGAGAGGCAGUUGCUUUGCAUUGCCAGAGCCUUGUUGCGUCGUUGUAAGAUCUUAAUCCUGGAUGAAGCGACGGCUGCCAUGGACAACGAGACCGAUAUACUAAUCCAAGAGACGAUCAGAGAAGCCUUUGCGGACUGCACCAGGCUGACAAUCGCUCAUCGUCUGCAUACGGUUCUGGCCUCUGACCGGAUCAUGGUACUGAUGCAAGGACAGGUGGUGGAAUUCGACACUCCGGCUGCUCUUCUGUCCAAUGACAAUUCCCGCUUCUUCGCCAUGUUUGCGGCUGUAGAAAACAAGGUUGCUGUAAAGGGCUAAAAUUCAGGGCAAAGUCACUUUAUUAUGGAGUGUAAUCCUCCUCUGCCUGUGGCAGGGAUGUUCCUCCCUCCAUUUUCAUGUCUUUCAAGCAGGUUGUCUUUUCAACUUUUAAUAUAUAUUUUUUUUAGGAUCGUGGGUCAGGAUUGAGUUCUUUUUGUCGGGGGGUGGGUUGGGGGGGAAGCACUACAAGGAAGAUUCUUCAUAGUUUUUAUUAUGGUAUUUAUUUCGUAUUCUUCUUACUAAUUUUUUUGCUAUUAAAUGCACUCUACGAAGUGGCUCAGGGAGCCACGUUAUAAAUGUAUCCAGAGGCCUAUAUUGAAGCUUUAUACAUGUAGCUAUAUCUAUACAGAAUUCUGUACAUAGCCUAUAUUUACAGUGGAAAUGUUAAGCUGUUUAUUUUAUAUUAAAAUGAGCGCUGUGGUUAAUACCAGUGCAUAUUCUUUUCUAUCCUAUUUUUUUUCCCUCUGUACCGUUUUAGUGGGGUUGGGAGCCUGGCUUGGGGCUCUUUCCACUCACCCCUAAGUUCCGGGUGGAAAUGAAAGUUUCGUGUAACUCCCCCUCCCUCUCCUAUUUUCAUCAUUCCCAUGUAAGGCAUGUGGGACAAGACAGCAGUCAAGAAGACCCUUGACAAUUGUUAAGACAGGAGCCACAGUUUCUCAUGGUACUGUGACCUGGAGGGCUUUAACAUUCCCCUCCCUUGGGGUGGUUUCGUUAGCAAAUACUUAACUAUAGCAGGAAGUGAAGGGCCCAUCACAAAACUCAGGUAGCUUUGAACCCAGUGCAUUCACCUGGGUGCACACAAUGACACCGUCAGUCGGCUGGCUGUUAUUUCAUCCAACACGGUCAAGCCACUCCCAUUUUGCUAAGCAAAAGAACCUCUCCAAAGCAUAUGCAGCAGGGAUCUCCAAAGCGGGCAACUUUUCAGACUUGUGGACUUCGACUCCCAGAAUUCCUCCGCCGGCCAUAUUGGCUGGGGAAUUCUGGGAGUUAAAAGUCCGCAGAUCUUUUCCCUUGACGUACAGCGUUAUUCCCAAGCUGUCGCAGCUAAAUCUUUUUUUAGACUGGACCCUGCUACUUCCUAUGGCGUUUCUCUGCCGAGAUGCAGACUUUUGAGAUAUUCACGUUUAUUUCGGAAAAGUUCUCUAGACACUUUGGUACUUUUUAAAAUCGUUAUUCAUUCACCCGACUGUAUGUGCACAAAAUUUUGCUCUUGCAUAGUCAUUAAUGGAACUAUUACAUCCUCGGCAUCUUGCAGCUUUUAGCAGGCACCUGAUCAGGUUCUGACACUGGUGUAGGGAAUUUCGUUUUCUAAUUGUAAAGAGGCCUACCUCAGGUUGCUGGUCCUGUGUUGUACGUUACCAUGGUUACUGUACACCAUCUGUGUUGUAUGGGACCGGUAGCCCAGACGGGCGUGGUCAGUCUCGUAAUAGCUGUUUCGAUCGGUCAGCACUGCAUGUUUGUUGGUCUGUUUUUGUCCAGCUGGACAUUUUAUAGCCUUAGCAUGUUUGCAAAUUGUCUUGUCGAGACGGACAUCUGCAAAACUGAAUAAAAGUUAUUUUGGUUUU